AUGAAGUCCUCCAUCUUGUCUGUCGCCGCUCUCGCUGCCGUCGGCUCGGCCUCGCCCAUUGUCCAGCGUGCUGGUGUCAACAUCACCGAUGGCAUCAUCCUCAACUACGCGCUCACUCUCGAGCACCUCGAGGAUGCCUUCUACCGCGAGGGCCUGAAGAAGUUCACAGCCAAGGACUUCGUUGCCGCAAACUUCACAGAGGAGACCUACAUGCGCAUCCAAACAAUCUCAAAGGAUGAGACUACCCACGUCGAGUUCCUGACUGGUGCCCUCAAGGCCGCCGGCAUCCAGGCCACCGCUGAGUGCACCUACGACUUUGGCUACAAGGACGUCGCUGGCUUCAUGGCCACAGCCUCUGUCCUUGAGGGCGUUGGUGCCAGCGCCUACACCGGUGCCGCUGCCCAAAUCAUGGGCAAGGUCUACUUGACCGCCGCGGCAUCCAUUCUAUCCGUCGAGGCUCGCCACUCAUCCUACAUCCGCAACGCCAUCAAGCAGGCGCCCUUCCCCUCUCCCUUUGAGGUCCCGCUCGACUUGAACGAGGUCUACACUCUUGCAGCCCCAUUCAUCAAGUCAUGCCCCUCCACCAACCCCGCCCUUCCCGUCAAGGCUUUCCCCUCGCUCACCGCUGCCGGUAUCAAGGGCGCUCAGAUCGUGGCCGGAGGCAACAUCAUGGUUUCCACUCCUGGCUACGCCGUCGAGGGUGACGUCUACGCUGCUUUCAUCACUGUCACUGGACCUGUCUUCACUCAAAUCCAGAAGGCUGAUGGUGGAUACAUCGUCACCGUCCCCAACAGCGGUAUUGCCGGCCAGAGCUACCUUGUUCUUACUAGCUGCAACACCACUGUUACUGACGACGACACUAUUGCCGGCCCCGCUCUGCUUGAGGUCUACUAA